GGAUCAUAAGCAAGGUAUCUGCGGCACUGGCGUAGAGGGAGUUAAACUUCUGACCCAGCAGUUACUCGGUCCAGACAGCGGGAUCAUCGCAGUGCAUUCCUGCGCAGUCCUUAACUGCCAAUAUCUCUGAUUAGAACCAGAGCUAGCAGAGGUGUAACGUUACAGUUUGUUUUACAUUCACAUAAGGACGGGAAACGGGAAAAGUCGACUGGACCCUGCAGUGUCAUCUUGUCUGUCGGUAGAGUAAAUCUCCAAUAGCAUGUCGAGUCCGAGGAAAGCAAGCUAGCUAGAUGUGGGCGCUGUUGAGUGUGUGUGGCUGCUGAGACAGUGAGUUUUUUCGGAGAGCACACCACCCCCACCCCCCCUCCCUGUGCGUUUUCGCCCCUUUCCUGCCGCUCCCGUGAGGCUGGCCCCUCCCACCAUGUCAACAGAGGCGGAGUCCAACGUAAACAACCAGGCCGAACAGCCCCCUGUCAAGACCCCCUCCAAGAAAGAGAAGAAGAAAGGCCCAGAGAAGACCGAUGAGUACCUGCUGGCCAGGUUCAAAGGCGAUGGCGUGCGAUACAAGGCCAAGAUCAUCGGCGUGGACAACGUGCCCACCGCCCGAGGGGACAAAAUGAGCCAGGACUCCAUGAUGAAGCUGAAGGGUAUGGCAGCAGCUAACCGUUCCCAAGGGAAGCACAAACAGAGGAUAUGGGUCAACAUAUCUUUAUGCGGGAUCCGGAUUAUCGACGAGAAAACCGGGGUGAUAGAACAUGAGCACGCUGUGAACAAGAUCUCCUUCAUCGCCCGCGACGUGACGGACAACCGAGCGUUCGGCUACGUCUGCGGCGCUGAGGGCCAGCACCAGUUCUUCGCCAUCAAGACCGCCCAGCAGGCCGAGCCCCUGGUCAUUGACCUGAAGGACCUCUUCCAGUUAAUCUUCAAUCUGAAGAAGAAGGAAACCGAGGCCACCAAGAAGGAUGAAACAAAUAAAGUGGUUGAGAACGGCAGCGAUUCCUCGCAGACUAUCGAAGGGCCGGUGGAUAAAUUAAAAGGUGUGGAACAGCUGGACCUGUUUGGAGAUAUGUCGACGCCGCCUGACUUGCACUCUCCCUCAGACACUAAAGACAUUCUCCUGCUGGAUCUGUCCACGGAGAUCGACAGCAACCAGAACUGUGUGAAAGGAAACCCGUUCUCCACUUCCUGUCCGUCUCUCUCCCGCCCCAGGCCACUGCCCAGUGCCUCUCCUGAGAACCCCUUCUCCUCGCAGCUCAGCUUCUUCCCUCCCCCCACCCCCGACCCCUUCAGCGACGACCCCUUCGCCCGAAACGCGCCCGCGCACCCCCCCCAGGAGGGCCCCGCCAAGUCCCACCGCGGCCAGAACGGCGACUCCGACUACUUCGGCCAGCAGUUCGACCAGAUAUCCAACCGGACCGCACUGCAGACGCUGGCCAACGGUCACUGGCUGCCGAGCGGUCCUGCGGUCGAGACGUCCAGCUGGGCGCAGAACGGAAUCCCCGUGUCGGAGCAGAACGGCUCGCACCACCGUCCCCCUACCCACAACCCCUUCGCGGAAGGUUCCGGAAAGAGCCAGCCUCUUCUGCAGAACGGCGUGAGGCACGAGCCGGCGGGGAAGGCGGAGCUCUCCCCCCCCGCAGCCCCCCUCGGCCCCCCCCCCGGCAGGGACCCGGUGGUCAUCUGCCCCCCCCCACUCAACACGAAGGCCGGGGGCCGCGGGAGGAGGACUGUGAAGUCCCCUACAAACGAUCUUUUGGGAGCGGACCUGUUUGCCCCUCCGCUCCCAGCGGAGUCUCCCUCGCCCCCCCAGCGGGACCCCUCUCCUCUCAAACAGAUGGACCUCUUCACCAACGGCCUCUCCAAUGGCACCGCCCCCCUGGCCACUUUCGGUGCCUUACCAUUGGCUGCUCCUGUCGUCACGGCGACCGUCUCCUGGAUACCGCCGGCCCCGUCCGUGUUCCCUCCCGCGGCCGCUCUGCCGCAGGUCACCGGGUCAGCGUCUCAGCCCUCCGCUUUCGGCACCCCGCCCGUCCCCUCCUGGGGCCAGCCUCCUCCUCCCGCGUUUGGGGCGGCCCCCCUCCCUCCGGUCCCAUCCUGGGGCCCGACGCCCCCCACCCCGGCCCCCCCUGCCGGAGCCUGGCCCCCGCCCCAGCCCCAGCCCAACCCCUUCCAGAGCAGCGUGUUCCCUGCCUCGGGACCCCCCAGCCCUCCGCCCCAGCCCCCGCCCCGGCCCCCUGCCCAGAAGGAGCCCCCUCGGGUGGACUGCGGCGCCUUCACAGACCUGGACCCCCUGGGUGAGCGCGAGCAGAAGACGCGGGAGGAGAUGUUCAAGGACUUUCAGAUGGCCCGCCCCCCCGCCGUUCCCGCCCGGAGGGGUGAGCCGCCAGCCGGACCCCCCGGAAUCGCUGCUUUCGCCCAGUACUUCAGCAGCACGGUGGGCCUGUCCCAGCCCGAUACCGCACAGCACAACGGCUACGACUCCAACCACAUAUCGCCCAAAAUCAGCGAUCUGCUAAAACCUGCGCCCCAUCAGCCGGCCCCCACCACUGUGACCCCACCCCCAGCCAAAGGCCACCAUGACAACCCUUUUGGUGCUGGUCUCUUCUCUGCCACGUUCCCUGCGAUGGGGGCUCCGGCCUUCCAGCCUGUCGCCUCGGGUCCCUUUGGAGCCCCGUCUGGCAACCCCUUUGCCUGAGCUGUCUCCACUGACCGCACCAUGAGCACACGAAGGCCGAGCUGUGACCCAGAGUUCACCCAGAGAGCUCUUCAUUCCCCGGGCACUUCCUGGUUUCCCACAUCCGGGUGCUUCAGCCGAUAUUCCGGAUAUUCCGUCCGCACUGGGACCGCCCCGUCCGUCCCGCUGAUCCUCGCUCCUCCCGUCGCACGCGCCAGCGAUUAAAGCUCCCGCUUCCCAGAUCUGGGAAGUGCAUCCGUCCGUCCCAAUUCCGCAGUCAAGCAGAGGCCAUUUUCUAUUUCAAAAUAUAUGUAAAUAUAAUUGUGGAAAUUGAAGAACAAAAAAAAAGCCAUCUGUUCUCAAAGACGAUACACGCUGCAGUAUUAAAGAAGCAGACCCACCUGGAAGUGGAUGAACGUUCUCAUACGGCAUGUGUUGGGGGGACUUUAGAAAAGCAUUAAAGAGAAGGAUAAAACAUUUGGGGUGUGCUGUGUGUGGCUUGGCCAAUACUGAUGCAACAACCCACACUGGGCAUCUGCCUGUUUCCUCACAUGUCCACGUUGCAGUUUCUCAGAGACAAAUGUACUGGCUGCAGAAUAUCCCCCCCCCCCCCCCCCAGAACAGCACGGACUGCCUUGUUCCGGAUCUGGAUCUGCUCACUUCCUGAAUGUAACGCACCGAAUAACACAGUACACCCGCCUGGUGCUCUCCUGGAGCCCUUACACUGCUGUAAGGAGAGCCAGGCUCCUGUCUCUCUCUCUCUCUCUCUCUCUCUCUCUCUCUCUCUCUCUCAAAAUAUAUAUAUAUUUUUUGCACCAUCAUUGCUGAGGUUAACAGCGCCAUCUUCUGGAAACUACUGGAUUUCGUGAAAACGUAUCCCGUGGAGAAGAUUAAAGGGUGGCGGGGGGUAACCUUUGAUUAAAAUCAACUGACACUUUAAAUCAAAUGUGGGGGGUGGGCAGAUAUACAGUGUUAUUUGCCAAACUGUACUGCAACUGUUUUUUCAAGAACAAACUAGGAUUUUGGAAAUGCCUCAAAGCAAGGGGUGUACUGCCCGCUUUUCUUUCUCCUACGGCCAGUUUCACACGCACAGGUUAAGUCCUGGACUAAACUGAGUUUUGUAUAGAGAAUCUUCAUUCAAAAUUUAAUUUAUUCUAGGACUACUAGGCUUAAUAUUUGUGAGACUGGCCCAUAAUGCCAAACAUUGUAUUGCACGUCCCCACAGAUGCAGACAUCCAUAGUCUUUGUAGUCAGUGAUUUAAUAAACACUCAUUAUACAUUACAGGUGGCAUAAUUUGUGGAAUGAUUUCUUCUUCUUUUUUUUAAAGUACGGUUUCAUUGUGGCAAUUACAUGCUUUCCUGUCCAAUUUUGCGGACAGUUGACUGGACAUCCAUGCCAUUGACACAAAGAUUAGAUUUAUUUUUCUCUCAUGCAAGGGAUUUUUUUUUCUCAGCUCAUGCAUAACUCCGUUACAAGAGAACCGUAUGUCUUUGUUAAAUCGUUAUUUAUAUAUUGCAUAUCCCCUAUUUGUUGAUUGAACAUGAAAUUAGUAAUAUGUUGAAUUACAGCAUGGCAUUAAAUAAGACAUAUCUAUAUGUCGGUGUCCAGUCAGUAUUUAGGACCAUUAAAAGAAACAUGCAAUCUCUCAUACUGGAAAUUAAAGUAAGCAUCGUCUUUGUAGAAACUUUGUGUGAAUGUGUGUACCUGUUUAUGUGUAUAUAUUAUAUAAAUCUCAUGUUAUGCACUUAUCCUUUACCUUGGAUGUUGUGUAACUAAAGUGAAUUUAUUAUUUAGUCAUUGCAAUAAACUGGAAAUUUAGCUCCUUAGAUUCUAAAUAUUUCAUAUAACUUUGUAACACUCUUUGUAUUCAAAAAAUGUAAGACAUUCAGAUAUGCCUUAUAAUAAAGCGAUAACUGUCUAA